AUGGACGUGAACGUGAAGGGCGUGUGGCUGUGUCUGAAGUACGAGAUCGCCCAGAUGCUACAGCAGGAGCCCGUCGUGAGCGACCCGGCUAGAUGGGCCAACAAGCCGGACUUGUGCCGCUUCCGCGGGGUGCGGGGAAGUAUCGUCAACGCUAGCAGCCGGGCGGGUCUUGUAUCCGUCCCUAACAUCAGUGCUUCCUACUGCGUGUCCAAGUUUGCCAUCAUGGGUCUCACUCAAACCGCAGCGAUGGAGUACGCCAAGGAAGGGAUAUGCGUGAACGCCGUCUGCCCUGCUAUCACCGCCACUCCUAUGACGUACCGCACCUUGGAAAAGGCGCCGCCUGGUUUUGAGAAGACGCUGGCUUUGACUCACCCUGCUGGCCUUAUAGCAGCACCGAAGUAG